UCUUUGUUAAAUUAAUCUAGCAGCGAUAGGAAUUUGUUCGCCUAGAGAUUUUCAUUUGCGAGACGGCGUUUUAGAUGAGAACGGCGGUGAGAAUUGUGGAGAACUAAACCUGAGUACGUGUAUCGUUCUAAAUAGGCGUGGCCGUACAUCCCUCUCUCCAACACGCCGCUUCUUUCCAGCAAUGUAUCAACGUCAUAUUUGUCGACACUCGAUCGUCUCAGAUCGUCUUGUCGAUGCCCAUUGACAACUACACCGCUGCUACGGGUGCGUCUGCGUGAAACGGUUCGUUGUAGGACGUACUUUUUCGAAAAAAAUCUGACCUAUUUGGCCGUUAAUUUGCUCUGAGUAUCACGAUAUUUUCACACAGCAAUAUGAUGGCAGCUGAAGGAAAACUUGUGCCAAAUUGCAAAAAAAUGGCAAAUGAUCGAUUAGAUAUAGUGAUAUUUGGUGCCACUGGAUAUACUGGAAAAUAUGUGGUACAAAAUGCAACCCAAAUGUGCAAGGAUCAAAAAUUGAAGUUUGGCAUUGCUGGUCGCAGGAAAGAAGCUUUGGAAGCAGUCAUUAAGGAAUUUGCCUCAGAUAUUGAUGUACCUAUUAUCCUAGCUGACAUAAAAGAUGAAGAGUCUCUAAAAAAAAUGACAGAGCAAGCAAAAGUACUUAUUAGCUGUUGUGGCCCAUAUAUAUUUUAUGGAGAACCAGUCGUUAAAGCAUGUAUUGCUACUCGCACUCAUUACGUUGAUGUGACUGGUGAAAUACAGUUUAUGGAGCAAAUGCAAUUGGAAUAUAAUGAAGCAGCGAAAGAAGCUGGCGUUUAUAUAGUGAGCGCUUGCGGUUUUGACUGUAUUCCUUGCGAUUUGGGAAUUAUUUUCACACAACAGAAAUUUGAAGGAGACGUCAAUGCUAUUGAAGUUUAUUUAAACGUGUGGUCAACUAGCACUAGGCAAAAAGGUUCAUAUGGAAAUUAUGCAACUUGGGAGUCGGUGGUUCACAGUUUGGGUCAUAAAAACGAAUUACGGGAAUUGCGCAAAAAGUUAUAUUCUAAUUCCAAAUUGCCCGAACUUACGCCGAAAUUAAAAUCAAGAGGUCUACUGCAUCGAAGCAAUGUUGCUGAAGGUUGGUCCACACCGGCUCCGACUGCUGAUCGUGCAGUAGCUCUUCGUACACAGCACUUCUUAUAUAACAAAUAUAAAGACAGACCUGCACAAGUUCAAUUUUAUGCCACAUUUAAGACUUUCUAUGAAUUUCUGAUGGUAGCUAUUUUUGGUAUGAUCUUCUUAAUUAUGUCUCGCAUAUCAUGCGGACGUAAAUUGCUUCUAAAACACCCUGCUCUAUUUUCAAAUGGUUUUAUAACUCGCGAGAAUCCGAAUAUGGAAAAUCACAAAUCAAUGCGCUUUGAUAUGACGAUCGUGGCUCAUGGAUGGACUGAAAAGUUGGUUGAACCUACUGACAAGCACACGGAUCCACCUAAUAAGAAAGUAAUCACCAAAGUUUCUGGCGAGUCUCCUGGAUAUGAACUGACCAGCGUCGUAGCGCUUUUAUCAGCUAUAACAAUUCUUAACGAAAAAGACAAGAUACCUGAUAACGGAGGAGUACUUACUCCCGGUGCUGCGUUCGGUAAAACAUCUUUGAUCGAACAAAUGGUUAAGCACAACGUUAAGUUCGAAGUGAUAUCUACCAAUGUGCAAAGUAAUAUGUAGAAGUACAAAAAUUACUGUAGUUACAGUUUCUAUUGAUAAUAUUUUCUUUCUCACUCUUUAUAAUUGUGUUUGAUUUUGAUAUUAACAUUUUUUGUAAUUUUGAAUAAGCUAUACUCUAUGCAUGUAUAUAUUUCAGGUAUUGGUAUUUAUGAUAUUUCAAGAGAAAUAUUUAUAAGAAAUGUAUGAAUGUUAUAGUUUAAUAAAAUUUAUCGAAUGUUA